ACACUUAGCAGAGGCUCCAGACAAACAAACACAACCAGUGUCCAGCUAAAAGACCCACUUUUGUGCUAGAUUAGUGCAUCUUUUACUAGGAUCCCAACUCUAGCUACAAAAGGAAAUUACAAUCCGGCCCCCAGCAACUGAAAGAAAUGCUUCUGUCACCUCAGUCUAAUCCAAGAGAGGAUACCCUCAUGGCAACACUCCCAUUGGCUAUUGCUAGGUAGCAGACACCCACCAAAUUAUCUGGCACUUACUUCAGAAUAAACACGUUUAGAUGUAGGCCUCUUAGUUUGGUCACUCCUUUUUAUACAAGUACUUUAAUACAGAGGUCAAAUUAAUCCAGAAUAAAUAUAUCCUCGUCUAUUUAUAUAUCUUUCAUUCACAAACAUAUGCCAACAAAAGGGAGGGAAGCAGAUAUUUCCUUUUUUUCAUGCUUUGAAAAUGUGUAAAGAAAAUACAGUUUUGUUUAUUAACAAUUGGAUACUAUCACUUUACAUAUACACGCAUACAUACACACGCACUCCUACCAACUCCUUAGGUCAGGGGUUCUCAAAGAGUGUGGCAGGAGAGGAGGGCAAGUGUGGCGGGAAGAUUCAAGGACAAUCAAAGAAAUAAAGUAGUCAUGUUCUGUGUUAUAAAUCAAGCACUGCUCUUUUAUUUUCCAAUGUGUGUGGCACGAGCAAAUUUGUAUUCUGAAAGUGUGGCCCAGAGAAAAAAGUUUGAGAACCACUGUCUUACUUAAACAUGAUUCAGCAGAGCUUUCAUUGGUGGCCUAGUGUGUUAUUUAAAACUCAACAGUUCCGCAAAAUCAAAAUGCGCAUUUCAGGCUCAGCACUUCUGAAAGGAAAAUCAACCACAUUUCAAUAACAAAAAAAUCAGAGUCACUGACAGGCUUUAGUUUCUAAUAUAUAACCACUUAAAUGAGAUUGGCACUGCACUUCAGUGCUUCAUUAUGUACAGGAUUGAAGUGGAGUGUUUUGUCCUGCCCCUUUAAAUAAUAUUAGAAAUCAAACCCUAUCACCGAGUAUGAGUUCAUUAUUUUUGAAAUAUUAUUGCUUUAGAAGUGUUAACCUGGGAUUUUUAUUUCUGCAAAAUUGUUUCAUAUUUAUAAAUACCCUAGACUGCUGAAAUGCACUUGGUUGACAUUGUUACAAUUUUUUCAAAGAUCACUUAAACUAACAAGCCUAAAUCAAAAUACGUUUCCUCUGAAGUAGGAUCCAGAGAGUUCCGUAGGACUUGCUCCCUUGUAAGAUUUGCUUAGGAUUGCAGUUUUGGUGAAAUAGUAAGUAAUUGGGGGGAAAUGUACGUCCCUUGAAUUAAAGUAAUCUGAGGUAAAUUUUGUGCCAGUGAGGCUUUUUAUCCUAUCAGAGUUGAGAAUAUCUCUGCUGACAGCAGAGUUGUGGAACAGAAACUUGAAAAUGUAAGAUUUGGCAGUAGGAUUGCCAAGCAACAGACAGCGUCCACCUGAAGUGGCUGUUGACCAUUGUUUCUUUCUGAGGAGUGUUCAUAUGGAGGGAAGUUUGAAGUCUGGCUCCUUGUCUGUGCCUGGAUCAGCUCACCUUCAGAGAGACGCAAGGAACAAGAAAGAGGGGUGGAGGUUCAGUGGUUUUAUUCCUCUGAGUGAAAGGCUAAUGAGGAAGCAAUGGCAGUACUAGAAAAAAUAUGAGGGAGGACAAGAGAGGGCAAAACAAGUAUGAGGGGGAAAGUUCUGUAAUAGGCAUAAAUUGUUAAUGAAAAUACAGAAAGCUUGUUCAUUUCCUCAGGGCCUGUUGUUGCCAGCAGUGCUUCUCAGUGGAGGUAGGGAGAAAAGUAGGUUUUUUGGGGUGGGGUGGCUAGACACUUUCCCACUUUUGUCCUUUGGAGUGCCAUCUCUAUGACAGGGGCUCUAGAAUCCCAUUUAUUCGGUUUACCGUCAUCUUUCAGUCACACAUAACUAUGGUGUGUACCUGUGAUCUAAGGGUUUAGUACUGAAACAAAACCAUUCAGAGAAAAUGAAGCCAGACCUUCUCAGAAUGAAGGAAGUUGCAUUGAUUUAUCUUGACAGGAGUGGUGGCCUUCAGAAAUUUGUGAAUGCCUGCAAAUUAUACAAUGAUUCAAAGCAAAGUUAUGCCAUUUUCCGGUUUCCUAUAUUGAUAAAUCCAUCUGAUAUUAUUGAGUUGGAUGCUACCCUUGGAAAUUACAUUUUGCAUAAACCUGUGAAGGCCACUCAGAUUUUUCAGUCUGUGUGUUUUACAGCAGUUAAAACACUGUCACUGAUUCAGCAGCUACAGACUGAAGCUCAGAUGAGCAUAGUGCUGAAACUAACACAUUUACCUUCCCUGCCCAGUUAUAUUUUCAGUCUUUGCAAAUUUCCAUUUGAUUAUACUUCUCAGAGAUUUUAUAUGGCAGAGGGAAUAGUUGUUGCAAUGUCCACUGUAACAAAAUAUACACAAGGAGCAAGAUUUGUUUGUUGUGAUGAAAACUGUCCAUUUUCUGAAGGAUUUCAGUAUAUAAGAGUACAUACUCCUGGAGCGACAGAAUCUGCAACAGUGAGAAACAAUUUUGUGUGCACUUUGUGUACUUCACCACUGCGGGAAGAUAUGAAAUACAGAGUACUUGGUGAUAAGCAGGUUAUUGAAAUAGUUGAUGCUAAAGCAAUUAGUGCUUUUCAAGGAUUUUCCAGCAGUAAAACCCCUUUCAGAUUUCAAUCUUUCACAGUUUUUCUAAGAGAUGAACUAUCUAAUAAAAUGGAAAUAGGAAACAGGUAUAAAGUUAUAGGAAUUCCAGUCUGUAUGCCAAGCUGCAUACGAAUCACACUUUGCCUGGAAGCCAACAGUAUACAUCUCUGUAAUCUCACAGGCCCUUCCCAGAUCAGUGAAAAAUUUAAGUAUCUGCUUUCUUUGACUUCAAAGUCGUGUUGGAGAUUUACAGCUCUUCUGGCCAAUAGUUUUGCUUCACAAGUACUUCCACCAGGCAUUAACAACACUCUCAAACUAGCUAUAUUGUUAAGUCUAGUACAGACAAGUGACAGAAAUGACUUAACAGCAGAUUACCUGGAUAUUUUGGUAUUGACGAAUGAUUCGCUAAUAUUAGAGAGAGUUAUGAAUUACAGCAUUAGUCUUGUUCCACGGGGCAUACGGCAUAUUCCAUCUGGUGAAGUUUUUCCUACUGUGUCCAAAGAUAAGCAUGGAACUGGAACUGCAAGCAUUCAGGCUAAUAGUGCUUUGCUGGCCAAAGGGGGAGUAUGCUUCAUUGGAGAAUUAUCUUCACAUAGGAAGGAUAAGCUUGAACAGUUGCAGUCAGUACUUGAAGGAAGAACAACUACUAUAUUCAUCCCUGGAAAGAAAUAUGGAGAAGAAAUUGAUCAGCAGGUUACCCUUCCAAUUCAAACCAGUUUUUGGUCAUUUAUUGAUGUGGAUGCUUCUUGCAAAAAGCAUAUCCAAGGAGACAAUACUCUAAUAGGCCAAAUGGAUUUAAGCUUUAUUUCAGCUAACGUUAUAGAUGCUUUUUGGCUUCUGAUACACUGCAGUGAAUCAGCAUUUUCCAAUCCAGUUCUUCCUGUUGUGAAUCUCCUUUUAAAAAAGGCCAUCAAUCCAGAAGAUGCAGUCUAUGCUAUCUCCAAACAGUUUGGAACACAAGAUUAUGAGGAGUUCCUUGCUUUCUCCAAAAAUUUGCAUGUGGAACUCUGUUCAGAAGCAGAAAGGCUGAUCCACGGUUACUACUUAGCAAGUCGCAGAAUCAGAACACAUCCUGUUCAUGGAUCAAAUCUCUCAGCAACUGCACUGAAUAUCUUGAUUUCACUGUCUAAAGCACAUGCUAAGCUGAGUUUAAGAACAGAAGUACUUGAAGAAGAUGUUUUGAUUGCUGUAUUACUAUUUGAAUCAUCUCUCACUUUAAAAUACGGUGCUUCUGUGUUUUGUGUGGCCCCAAAUGCUGUGUUUCCAUUUGAACUCAACAGUGAAAACUCUCUGAAUCAAAGGGAUAUUUACUUGAUGCAGUGCCAUCAACAGUUGAAACAAUUUGUUGCUACAUAUGGACCUGCAACAGAUGUUCUUAUUAGCGAAGAUUAGUAUAUCUGCAAAAUGAGGUCUAUUUUAAAAAAUAAACUUGAAUGUGUAAAUAGUUGUAAGAUCAAUUCAUGUAGUUCUUAAUGUUUGUCAUACAUACAUUUUGAGAGUCAGCAAAACUGAUUUUCCCGUUGUCACAUUAUAACACUGGAAAUAUGGAGGAUGCAAUGCUUGGUCACAGAAUUGUACUAUUUCAGACAUUGCUUUUCCUUUCUAGUCUUGCAUUUCUCGGGGCGGGGAGGAACAGAGGAAGAAAACAUUUUCCAUUUUGUGAAAAGGGAUGUAUGACCUUGGUUCCUGUUAUAGCCUCCCAAGUUUCAUGAAAAAAUAAGAGCAUCUUUUACUAUGAAUGUCUUAAAUGGAGUGUAAUUCAACUCACUAUUGCUAUAUAGACUAUGUGGGAAAAUAGUCUCUUAAAUAUAUUAUUAUUAUUACUAUUAUUAAUAUUUUUUCUCUUUAUUACCCACUCUUCACUGUAAGGUCCCAGGGCAGGUUAUGGCAUUAAAAACAACAUUAAGAACAUAUUAAAACAAUGAAAGGGUUUUCAAUAUCCUGAAUAACAAUGUUAUGGUUACUUUCUUUGGGUAUGUCCCAUGGGUGUACGCUUGUUCACACUUCCACUUGUCACAUUGCUUUCCACUCUAUACCACUGAAUCGGAGCAAACAUCAAUCAGGUUUUCUGGGGAAAGUGGUGGGGCAAAUGGAAAACCUCUUGAGCCCAUGCUUUGUAGUCAAAGAACAAGCAGAAGCAUGGAUGAGCCCUAACACUUUGUUCUCAAUUAGGGAGGGAAAGAUG